ACAUUAUGGGUAAAUAUAUAUUGUCGCAGUCUAGCAACACCAGUAGCUUCUCUUCAAACUCCAUCCUCUGCUUUCUGCCGUCUGUUGCUAGUGUACAUUUUAUGUAUCUGUCUGUUUUAUCUCAAUUCAAUAAAUUCUGUCAGUCUGUCCUGUCUCUCCUUCAGUUCAGUCUUAAAAAGUUGCUCAUUGCGAAUGAUGCAAGGUGUCUGCAUUAUAUAAAACGUCGCUUAGAAUGAACUUAUUUAUGUUUAAAAUCCUACACAAUUAACUUAAUACUCAGUAGUUGGACUUAUUAGUCUUAACAUGUGAUUACAAAUGUAUAUUAUUAAUUUUAUUAACGCACAAAAUGGACGUGAAAGUUAAGUUUAAUCGUGGGUGUGAUGUGAUGUGAUUACGCUGGUGCAGUUCCACGGGAUUCUUUGCAGUCUAUUUCUUUUUUUUUUUAAUCGAGCGAUCGCUGACGUCCGUGCACUUGUCAUUGCCGCAUUGAUCACUACAAAAAAAAAUUAAGCCCGGCUAAGCUGGACAUCACAAAAUGAUCCAUAAAGAAAAAUAAAACAAAAAUAAACCUACUACAAAGUCGUUAGAAUGACUGGAAUCUCCUUCGAACCUCACGUAUGUGAUAGAAACUACGUAAAUAUACCUAUUUUAAUACGAAAAAUAUCUUUUGAAGAAUCGCGUUCCUGUAGAAUUAGUGUCAAUUAGCAGAAACCAAAGUAGUCAGGUGUUUAGGCCCUUCGUGGGGCGUUGAAAUUAUUUUUUCUAACCAAAGUUAGCUUAAGAUGUCGAAUAUGCCAAUAUAUAGCCAGGUGCUGCCCAAAUCUCAGUAUAAAUCAAAGAAUUCUAAAGGCGGCACCACGAGAGAAACUCGGGCUCAAAAUUCCAGAGAUUUUGACCCUCUUAAUUUUAAUCAUGGAGGGAAUAUUCAAGUCCUAAAUGCGCCGUUAGAGAGUAGAGUUGAGAAAAUUGAGAAGAGGGAAUCGAGGAGGAAAGACGAGACUCGGGCGAGGCGCACUCAGAACAGGAAUGACGCAAAUGAAGGGAAGGUGGAGGCGUAUUUGCGGCAGAACCAGGUCAGCAUACGGCAGCAGCAGCAUCGGCACUCCGCUGUCCGACAGGCGGAGCAUCGAGUCAAUUUAAGAUCUCUGCCGUUAAAUGAAGUAUCCGUUCGUGGCCAUGACCGGACGCCAACUGACAGACAUCGGGGAUUCCCCGGUGACAGAGAAGCGGCCAGAGCGAGACGCGAGCGAGAGAGAGAUAGACAAAGAGAGACGGAUUUCGAUUUUGAUGGGUCCCCAUUGAGCCCAAUAGCACCGAGAUCAGGGGAUAAGGAGCGUCCAGUACGCAAGUCGACGUCCGCCCAACGCGUGUCGGAGAUGAUAUCGGCUGACAAACGAAGAUUCUUCUGCAGGGAAUGGGUGUUUCAGAAAAUAGCUCAUUGUUUGGAACAGAGGGCUGUCAGUAAAACAGCUGGAGCCUUGAUUUUAGGCGACGCGGGCAGCGGUAAAACAGCGCUCUGCCAGGAGCUGAGCCAGCCCGGCGGCGGCCCGCAGGCGCGCCAGCAACGCGCGCUCAAUAGGCGACUUCUCGCCAGACAUUUUCUACAGGGUCCCGGAGAAACCAGCCAACGGCCGGCCGAGUUCGUCCGUUCAUUAGCCAUGCAGAUAUUAAGCCAUUCCUCCCACGCGAGACCCAACGAAAGAGAUCACUCACCCAAAGAGGACAGUACGCCUAAUAGCAAUAGAAGAAAUUCUACUGAAGAAAAUUUAAUAAUGCGAUUCAAAGAUUUGGGAGACGACGGGGAGGAGAGCUCGAAGCCUCUGCUAGCGGAUAGCGAAGACACACGCACGGACGAGGAAGAGGGUCGCGCCGGAGCGGACGCGCCGCUCAGCAGCGCUCAGAUACAUUUGCCAGAAAUCUUGCCGCGAGCCAGUGUGAAGCCGACCAAUCCCUUCGUAAACGACGAACAAUCAGAAAAUCGCCUCUACGAGAACCAUGAAAAUCUAUUCCUUCGUAACAUUUCGCAGCGGCAAUCGAAUGAAUUGCGCAACUCCAGACUGCUCCGUCAGAGCUCCGAGCCCCUUACAGAGAAGAAGACAACAGUUCUACAAAAAAGCCUUUCAACGGAACAGAGAGACGACGAGAAGUCGAGAGAAUCCAAAGAGAUUAACAAUAGUCCACCGAAAUCUAGGAUUCCAGUAGCGAACUUCCGUUACCCGAAUAAAAGCGAUCUAAGGCCGAAUUCGGCGGAAAGUUCGCCGAAGAAAACCGAAGCUAGAGCUCCCUCGCCGAAGGACGACGAACUACCGGAGUACCAAAACAUAGUCCACCAGCCAGAAGAUGAUGUACAGACGGAUUUACAAAAGCUGCUAGAGAAGAAACGCUCAGCUUCCGACGAUGUUCCACCACCGAUACCAAGUUUACCCGUUAACCCCAGAACGUUGAUAGCCAAUGCGUAUUACGAGAAACUUCUAUCAGAAACGGAAAUACAACAGGCGUUGCUUCCUCAGAAUUUGGACAAGAAUCCAGAGGAGUGUUUCAAGAAGGCGAUAUUGUUUCCGUUGUUGGAAAUCGACCCCCCCAAGCAAUGUUUGUUUUUAUUAGUCGAUGCGAUCGACGAAGGCUCUACGACUGCUUCGGGUUGUACUCCAGGCUCGUGCGAGGGCGAAGGCGCGGAGGGCGGCGUGGGAGCGCUGCUGGCGAGACAUCAGCACCUCCUGCCGCACUGGCUGCUGCUGGUCGCCAGCGCAAGGCGUCACUCGCGACCUCUCACAAAGAUGUUCACAGGGUUCCGCAAGAUAACUCUAGAUGAACUCCAGCGUGCACACGUUUCGGCGGACGUGCAGCGCUACGUGCUCGCCCGCUUGGAUACGGAGCCAAGAUUACGAGCGCGAGUGUCCAGCGACUCGGCGGCGGCUGCAGCGGCUGCGGCAGCGCUGGAUCACUUGCGCAUCAAAAGUGAUGGCUGUUUACUUUAUCUGGAGAAGGUACUAGAUGGAGUGGCGGACGGUUUUAUAGCGUUGCGUGAAAUCCGCGAGAUCCCCGGCACCCUCAACGGCCUCUACUUGUGGCUGGCGCAGCGUCUGUUCCACGGGAGACGAUUCAAUAAGGUUCGCCUAUUGCUGGACGUGUUGCUGGCCGCCCGCUGCGGAGUUACCGAGGACAUGCUGUAUAAGUGUCUGCUCAGCAAGGAGUACAGCGUAACGCGCGAGGAUUUCAACCGGCGGUUACAUCUUCUCAGACGGAUCCUGGUGAUGGAGCGCUCCACCGGCUACCUGAGCCUGUUCCACCACUCGUUCGCGACGUGGCUCGUGGACGUGAAGCACUGCACGCGGCGCUACCUCUGCGCGCCCGCAGACGGACACGCCGCGCUCGCCAUGUACUACACGCUGGACGCCAAGCGGCUGAGCGCUCUGGAGAUCCACAACUACGUGUACCACAUGACUCAUAUAGAACAACAUAUAGCGUCGCAAAAAAAGAACAAGACUAGCGAUGAUAAUGACCCCCUAGAUCUACACACGCUGAUCCUACUAUGGGUCCUGGAUUCUGGGUGCGACGUCGAGGCCGCUCUGAAACGAGAAAUUGAAGUAAAGCAUGCCGAAAUUGAAAACACGACGAAUGAAGACACUAAAUUGGAAGAUAAGGACGUCGAUCCGGAGUCCGAAGGCAGGGAAUCAACAUCUUGCAGAUCACUCGAACCUUCGACCCUAGAGAACAUAAUGCCGGAACUUGUGAACGGCUCCAGUACCAGAUGGCCGAGAGACAGGCGGGUAUUGAGGGCGCUGCUGGAGCUCAGCCGGACGGACUCUGCUCCCACUGAGCCAGAGGAAGAUAUCAACGAUUUGCUGUCAACGGACCAAGCGAUCGAAAGCGAGGACAACAACGACGGAACCGGCGAUGAACACGAAGACGCUUUGGUGUUGGACCCCAGUACCGUCCACGAGCUGGCGAGCAGGGGGGAUGAAGAGGCCUUGAUCGCUUUGUUGAAGCGCCGGCCGGAGCUGUGCCGCGCGGUGGACGCGGCGGGCAGCACGGCGCUGCACGCGGCGGCCCGCAGCGGGCGCGCCGCCUGCGCCGCCGCCCUGCUGCGCGCCGGGGCCUCGCCCGCCGCCGCCGACUGCGACGGCUGGAGCCCCCUGCGAGCCGCUGCCUGGGCGGGCCAUACUGAGGUCGUGGACGUUUUGCUGGAACACGGAUGUGACGUCGACUGUGUGGAUGCGGACAAUCGGACUGCUUUACGGGCCGCGGCGUGGUCCGGUCACGAGGCGGUGGUAGCGCGUCUCCUGGCUGGCGGGGCGCAGCCCGAGCGGGCCGACGCGGAGGGCCGCACGCCGCUCAUGGCGGCCGCCUACAUGGGCCACGCCGACAUCGUACGGCUACUCCUGGACGCCGGUGCCGGGCCCGACCACGCCGAUCACGACGGUCGCACGGCGCUGGCGGUGGCGGCGCUGUGCGGCGCGGGCGGCGCGUGCGCGGCGCUGCUGCUGGAGCGCGGGGCCGACGCCGCGCGCGCCGACCGCGACCGCGCCACGCCGCUGCUCGUCGCCGCCUUCGAGGGGCACACCGAGAUCUGCGAGCUGCUGCUGGAGGCGGAGGCGGACCUGGAGGCCUGCGACAGCGCGGGGCGCACGGCGCUGUGGGCGGCGGCGUCGGCCGGCCACGCCGACACGGUGCGCCUGCUGCUGUUCUGGGGCGCCUGCGUGGACUCCAUGGACGCGGAGGGCCGCACCGUGCUCAGCACGGCCGCCGCGCAGGGUAACGUGGAGGUUGUACGGCAGUUGCUCGAUCGUGGCUUGGACGAACACCACCGUGAUAACUCCGGAUGGACUCCACUACACUAUGCUGCUUUUGAAGGACACGUGGAAGUCUGUGAGGCAUUACUGGAAGCUGGGGCGAAGGUCGACGAAGCGGAUAACGAUGGCAAGGGCCCCCUCAUGCUAGCCGCGCAGGAGGGCCAUACACGUCUCGUGGAGAUCCUCGUAGACCAAUGGGGAGCACCGGUAGACCAAAGAGCCCAUGACGGAAAAACGGCUCUAAGGCUGGCGGCGCUGGAGGGGCACUUCUCCAGCGUGGCGGCGCUGCACGCGCGCGGCGCCGACGUGGACGCGCUGGACGCCGACCGGCGCAGCACGCUCUACGUGCUGGCGCUCGACAACCGCCUGGCCAUGGCGCGCCAGCUGCUGGCGUGCGGCGCCAGCGUGCACAGCGGCGACACCGAGGGCCGAACCCCGUUGCACGUGUCCGCGUGGCAGGGUCACACGGAGAUGGUCAACAUGCUCAUCAAAGUCGGCGGCGCGGCGGUGGACGGGCGCGACCGCUGCGCGCGCACGGCGCUGCACGCGGCGGCGUGGCGCGGCCGCGCGGCGGCGCUGCGCGCGCUGCUGGCGCUCGGCGCCGCGCCCGCCGCCGUCUGCGCGCAGGGCGCCACGCCGCUCGGUAUAGCGGCGCAGGAGGGCCACGAGGAGUGCGUGCUGUGGCUGUUACAGCACGGAGCUGACCCCCUACAAGCUGAUCAUUGCGGCCGGACCCCAGCGAAGGUGGCCUGGCGGGCGGGACACGCGAACAUCUGCCGCCUGCUGGAGCGGUGGUCGGCGCCCUCCGCCCCCGCCGCGCCCGCCGCCCCCCCUCCUGCCGACGACCUGCUGCGACCCGGGAGGACUGGCUCACCAGAUUACAAACGCCGGAGCGUCCACAGCUCGAAUUCGACCAAGUCGUCCUCCAACAUGACGGGUGGAUCCAAUCGUUCGCACGAGCAGACCGAAGAAAUGCCGCAUGAUAAAGCGGCGCGCGCGCCCCCCCCGCUGUCGUUCGCGCAGCAGGUGGCGCGCUGCGGGCGCGGCCGGCGCGCCGACUGCGAGCAGCCCAUCCCGGAGGACUGCGCGCUCGAGCGAGACUGCCGCCUCAGAAGUUACGUUGCAAACGAACGAGACGUCGAACUCCGCGGCUACGCGUGUGAAAGGGAUAGACGACGCGAACAGAGACACGGGACGGCUAGUCCGCUGUAUGCGUCGCCGCCGAGGAGCCCUAGCGAACCGAGGAGUCCUUCGCCCUUACCCGGGUCGCAACCCCCCAGCCUUACCAACGUGCAGCCGACGGUGUCCGACACGCACUUCAACAGAGACACUCACAUGCGCAUCAUACUCGGUCGCGGACGUGACAAGCCCGCGACGGAGCGACAGGACAGCGAGGUGGUUUUGUCGACGCGGAUCGCGUACAAACGAAUAAUGGGCAGUCUCGGGCGAGCGAGAGGCAGGAUAUUUAAACAAACUAAAAACAAGCGAAAUGGCAUCGUGACAAACCCGGCGAUGCGUCUCGUCGCCAACGUUAGAAACGGCCUUGAUAAUGCAGCUGCGAAUAUUCGUCGCACUGGCGUCGCGUUGGCCGCCAGCGCCAGCUCCUCCAACCCAGCCGUCAAAACCAACGCGUUCCAGUGGAGGAAAGAGACGCCGCUAUAAAUACAUGCAGUAGACAAGGACGGUAGAUGUUAAGAUGUUUGAACAACGUUUCAUAUUGUAGACGCUUUAAUUGGCUAUAUUAUUUGUGAUAUUUGCUACAUACGGCAAUUUGAGCGAGUUGUGGCUUACAUAAUUGAGAUACAUAAUAUCGAGUAGGAAUCGAUUAUUAUUUUUUUAAAGUGUAAUAUUGGUUUCCGAGAAAAGUCAUUAUAUUGUAAACAUUUCUGCGAUUUAAAUACGUAAAUAUACUAAGAUGCGGUUUACAUAAUCGAUUUCAUAAUUGCAUAACGCAAUAUCGAAUAAGAAUCGUUUCUUUUAAUUAAGUUAUUAGGUUACAGAGUCAUCAAAAUUUUGCCAUCGAUUAUUCGAUUAGAAAAACGUAAAUAAUACAUUCAUAUUUGAAGUCUUAGUUGAGUUACAUAA